AUGGAACUGACUUGCACAAUGACCAACUCCCUCUCCGCCGCUACCUGCGCCAUCUACGCAGCCCUCGCCAUCCCAGUACUCUACCUCCUCGUCCGACACGGUCGCUACGGCUUUCUAGGAUGGCUCUUCCUGUUUUUCUUUUGCGCCCUCCGCACCAUCGGCGGCGCGCUGGCAGUUAACGACACCAGCGCCACCGCUAAUAUCAUCUCCAGUGUCGGUCUUUCUCCUAUCCUCCUCGCAACAGCUGGAAUUCUACACGAGGCUCGGCACUAUCGCAUCCGACCCCUCGACAAGAAGAUGGAAUGGGUCUCCGUCCUCGCCUACCACAUGCUCGUCGUCGCAGGCGUGGCCCUAACAGCUGCCGGCUCCGCGAAACUCCAGGAACACGAGAAGCCCCUCGACAAGGCCGAGAAUAUUGUCAAGGCAGGCAUUUCGAUUCUGGCGGUCGCGUGGGGGAUUUUGGCUGGCCGGACCGGGUUCUCGUUUAUUGCUUCCCGGGGACGGAAUUCCUCGCUGACGAGGGCGGGGACUGUCCUGCUUAUGGCCGUCGCCUUCUCGCUCGUCUUCAUCGGCAUCCGAGUCUUCUACAGCCUUGCUGCGCUGUGCACGCAGAGGGCAUCGCUUAAUCCCGUUACGGGGUCGCUGGCUAUUCGUCUGGUGCUGGGGUUCCUGCCUGAGAUGAUUGCCACGCUUGCGUAUAUUUUUGCGGGGAUCAGGACGCAGGGUGCGGCGCUGUUGGCUCAUGUAGAGGAGGAGACUGUUUCGGUUCCGCCAAAACCGCGUGCUCAACCUUGGGUUUAG